GUCUCCCCGCUUCAACACAAGCAGCGACUCUCCGGAGCGUCAGUCCAGAAGCUGCGCGCCUGCUGAGUCUUGAUGCGUUCAGCCUCCUGGACUUGGUGGGAGGCGGUGAAGUUUCCCUCCCCACAAAACACGCCUGGAUCUCUCCGAGAGACGAUGCCUUCCUCCUCUAGACGACUCUCCCCGGCAGCUCUGUGGAUCUGAUGGUUCUUGAAAUUGUCGUUUUCUUUGCGAGUUCUUCAGCGGGAGUGAGGGGGAGAAUUUGAGCCAGAGGAUGCUCCCACAAGUCAUUCGGAUUCUGUAUGUCUUGUCUUUUUGCUUCUUCCAAGGAGGCUUCAUCAGACUGAGCUUCUGUAAGGAGGAGAUAAAGCCCCCCGGCAGGGCCGGACCACAGCUUUCACCUUCAGACUUCCUGGACAAGCUCAUGGGGAAAACAUCUGGAUACGAUGCCCGCAUUAGACCCAACUUUAAAGGCCCUCCUGUGAAUGUCACCUGCAAUAUUUUCAUCAACAGCUUUGGGUCGAUCACAGAAACUACAAUGGACUACAGGCUGAACGUAUUUCUACGACAAAAAUGGAAUGACCCUCGCCUGGCGUACAGUGAAUACCCAGAUGACUCUCUAGAUCUGGAUCCUUCCAUGUUGGACUCUAUCUGGAAACCUGAUUUAUUCUUCGCAAAUGAGAAAGGAGCCAAUUUCCACGAGGUCACAACUGAUAACAAGUUGCUACGGAUUUUCCAAGAUGGCAGCGUUCUUUACAGCAUCAGGCUGACUUUAACCCUGUCCUGCCCUAUGGACUUGAAGAAUUUCCCAAUGGACAUUCAAACCUGUACGAUGCAGCUUGAGAGUUUUGGUUACACCAUGAAUGACUUGAUCUUUGAGUGGCUGUCUGACAACCCUGUUCAAGUAGCCGAUGACCUGACCCUCCCACAGUUUGUGUUGAAAGAAGAAAAAGAUUUGGGUUACUGCACAAAAUACUACAAUACAGGUAAAUUCACCUGCAUUGAGGUGAAGUUCCACCUGGAGCGACAGAUGGGUUACUACCUGAUCCAGAUGUACAUCCCGUCUCUCCUGAUUGUCAUCCUCUCCUGGGUGUCGUUCUGGAUAAACAUGGACGCUGCACCAGCCAGAGUUGGUCUGGGUAUCACCACUGUGCUCACAAUGACCACGCAGAGCUCUGGCUCCAGAGCUUCACUGCCCAAAGUGUCCUACGUAAAGGCCAUCGACAUCUGGAUGGCAGUGUGUCUCCUGUUUGUGUUUGCUGCCCUGCUGGAGUACGCAGCCGUCAACUUCGUCUCAAGACAACACAAGGAGUUCAUCCGGCUGAGGAAAAAGCAGCGGCAGCAGAGAAUAGCGAUUGGCAGUCAGGCUGGGAGUGCUGAGUCGUUGCGGAAAGCCACUGACAAUCCUGGUAACAACUCAGCCUACAGGAGUCUGAGUCAGCGUUGCAGCGUCUGUGCAAGGGAGGAGGAACUCGUGAGAGAGAGUCGGGGUUUUUACUUCCGAGGUUACGGACUCGGCCACUGCCUCCAAACCAAGGACGGAGCCGCGGUGGAAGGUGCCACCGUGUUCGCGCCACCACCUCCCAUCACCAUGUACAACGGAGAGAUCCUCCACAAGCGCUUCGUGGACCGGGCCAAAAGGAUCGACACCAUAUCCAGAGCAGUCUUUCCACUGAGCUUUCUCAUAUUCAACAUCUUCUACUGGGUCACCUACAAAGUGCUGCGACACGAGGACAUCCAUGCAAAUUUGUAAAGCGCUUUCUGCCGACGUCACGUCCGAACCAAAACUGCCUGUCUGACCUACAUUACAAAGAGGGAAAGGUGUCGAGAAGGUAUCGCUGCUUCUCAGAGAGCCACUAACAAGACAAACCCGUUGUGCUCAGGUGUGUCUUCAGGAUCUCAGACGGUGAGAGAUUAAGAAGAAAAAAAAACUAGAUUAAGCCUAGUGGCUUCAUGCUGGGGUUAGUGAUUACCUUCGUGUCUUUGUUGUGAUUCACUUGGAUCAAAACAAGACAAAACCUUGCUGAUGUGGGUUUUAUUCCAGAAGACGAACCUGGCUGAAUGGGACAUACUGACUUGAAUUUUGACACAGCUUUAAAUGAAUGUUUUUGAAAUGUAAAAUAUGUUUUUUUUUGUUUUGUUUUCCUUUAUAACUUCUUGUUAAAUGGAUUUUGGGGGAAGGAAUGGGUCUCUGAUGUUUAUAAUUAUCAAAUUAGCUACAAAUCAUUUGAAGUAUGUGUAAUAAUAAAUUAUAUGUAUACCAGUGUAAUAAAUUGUAUAUAAACAAAGCUGUUAUUUAAAAUGCACAAAGCACAAAUAUGUAUUUCUUUUUGUCAAAAUUUGAAUAAAUUAUUAUUCUGCCAGGAAA